AAAGUGUGUAGAAGCAAUUUAUCAGUUUCUUCGAGUUUCUCGAUUUUUAAUUCAGUUUCCACAAGUAUGGCGUCGAAAAAUCAUCGAUGGCUUGUUGACUCUGGAAUCCUACGUAAAAAAAAUAAUGAAGAGGAACCACAGGAGCUAUUGGUGUUUGGAUACAGCUGCAAAUUAUUUCGAGACGAUGAGAAGGCCAAAAUGAUUGAUCACGGGAAGCAUUUGAUACCGUGGAUGGCUGAUAACACAUUAAAGAUAGACAGAUACGAUGGACGCGGGGCACUGGCGGAUUUGCGAGUUCACGAGCCGCCACCGGGUGGUUUUGACGCACGUACCAUACUUACCGAAGAUGAAUUUAAAAUUGAGCAGCUUUGUGACGAAGAAAGAUAUCGGUCUCUCUACAAUAAUGAUGCUGAAGAAUUAAUGUACCAUGAGGAAGAAAUAAAACGACUACAUCAAGCCUUGGGAAGUGAUAAUACUUAUGGACAAGUAGCUUACAAUUACGAUGAUCAAGAUAAUCGUGCGGGUGUAGGUGAAGACUCAAUGAGCCCAAAACCAUCAGAUGGUUCACAAGAUGAUGAUGAUCAAGCUUUUGUUCUUCCACCUGAAAUAGAGGCGCCAGAAGGAAUGGUUUUGCCGGAAACGCAAAAGCUCAAUGCAAUUAUUACUAAGACAGCAUUGUUUAUAAGUCGCCAAGGCAGCCAAAUGGAAAUAUUAAUAAAAGCAAAACAAUCUAAUAACCCACAAUUCGCAUUUCUUUCAAUAGAAGGAGCACUUCAUUCUUAUUACAAACUUGUACUCGAUGCAAUAAAACAAGGAAAAUAUAAUCCUGAAAAACAACCAGAAAAAGAAGAACUUGAGUCUGACGAAGAGUCUGAUGAAAAUGAUGAGCCUUAUCUACACCCUAGUCUUGCAUCAUCAAUGACUAAAAUUGAAGCGGCACCCAGUAUACCGAGUAUACAAUACAAGCCAUCCGCAGAUUGUGCGUAUUCUAUGUUGGUGAACAAAAUUACGGGUAAACCACCGCAAUCCAGAAAUCCACCAUUUUCACCUGAAGUACCGACUCAACAAGUGCCACCAUCUGGAUAUUGUCCACCAGUAUCAACACAGAGUUACGCACCUUAUCCACCAAUACCACAACAAUAUUCUCAUGGUCCAGUAAUUUAUGGCCCAAAUGGACAAGUUCAAUCACCAUCAAUACCAAUGACAACAGUUCCAGUAUCUGAUACUCCCUUGACACCAACAAUAAAAGAAUCUCCAGCGCCAUUAGUACCUUAUGGACCAACUCCACCCAAACCUUUGAGUAGGCCAUCUUUUAUUGUCCCACCUGCUGAUGUACAAAUAAUAAUUGAUAAGAUGGCCAGCUAUGUUGCGAAAAAUGGUCGGGAUUUUGAAGCUAUUGUAAAAGCAAAAGGUGAUGCUAGAUUUAAUUUUCUUGAGCUAUCGCAUCAAUAUCAUGGUUAUUACGCACAUAAGUUAACGAUUUAUGAAGGUGGUGCUAAUUCCAAAGCACUUACUGAAGAAGAGUUGUUACGUAAACAUGAACCGCAAGAAGAAAAACAGAAAAAACUAGAAGAACUUCAAAAAAAACAACAGAGAAUGGAAGAAGUACAAAAGAGAGUAAAGAUGAUUCAAGCUAAGAAAAAAGGAGACAAACAAAUUACAACAGUAUCAUUUUCUAUUAAAAAACCAAAAGACAGUGAUACAACUGUGAUGGAAAAACGUAGUGCUUUGCCGAUGGAAGAGAGUGAUGAUGAACAAGAAGAUGAAAAAAAACAAGUUAAUAAUUCUAAAUCAAAUUCACCUAUGCCGAGUCUUGAUGAAGACAAUUCUUCAGUAAAGCAAGAAAAGGAAAUAAAUAAAUUAGAAAUAACUUCGAAUAAUGAAACAGAAGAAAAAGAAUUGGUUGAUCUGACUGAUGAUAUUCUUGAAGAUUGUCAAAAUCAAGUAAAAUAUAAAUCGAUCGAAACUAAACUCAAAGACAAACUUGCUGCUGCUGCUAGAGAUAAACUUGCGUCUAGUUCACGUGAAAAACAGCUUCAACUUGAAAGAAAGAAAAAAGCUGCUAUGUUUCUUAGCCAAAUUCAAGCGCCUGCAUUAUCUAAAUCAAAUGCGGAAAUGAGGAUGGAAGAUGAAUUGGAUGAAAUUCAUUCGAUUCCAUCGCCUACGCCUGAGGAAGUUGAGGAUUCGCGUUCAAGUCAUAAUUCAUUAAUGAAUAGACUUAAGAGCGCUGAUCUUGGGGCCAAACGCUCAAGGCCAAAGUCAAUGUCAAGAUCAAGAUCUGGUUCAAGAUCCAGAAGUCGGAGCCGCAGUUACUCCGAUAGACAUAGAUUUCACAAGAAACACAAGAAAAAGAAAAGUUCUCACAGAAGUAAUUACGACAGUCCAAGUGCUUCAAGAUCCCACAGAGUGAAAAAAAGUAAAAAAUCUACGUCAAGGCAUAGAUCACGAUCAAGAUCACAGAGCCGAAGAAGUACAAGACAUUCACGAAACCCUAAUGAUUCCAAUGAUUCAGACUCAAACACAUCUUGAAUAAAUAAUAAUUAAAUUUAAUUAAGAUGUUCAUAUAAAUUUGUAUAUAUGCUUGUCAAAAGAUUUAAUACAAUCAUUCAUAAGAAAAAAAAAAAAAGAAAAAAAAAU